AUGGCUUCCUGCGUGGUCAAGGAGUAUGGCUCUCAGCUUUCAACAGGUUCGUCUGAUAAUUCAGUCCAAGAGAAUGUUGAUACCACCGCAAACGGCAAGGAUGAAUAUCAGCCUGCAGAGGCUAGUAGCGUUGUUGCAACGACCGCGUCGGUGGCCUCGCACCAGGAUGCCCAGCAGAUGUCGGAGCAAAGUGUCACCAUUGCCGAAGUUGUCGAGCCCGAGGACGCACCAGCAGAUCCCACAGUCGACGCACAAGUCUCUGGAAGCGAGAGCUCGCCAACUCCCGUUGAAAAUUUUUCUUUGGCGCGCACUUCUCUCGCCUGUUUUUUCGGUCCUACACCUCACUCCACACAAAAACAAAAAUUCCAACCCCCUUCUCGUCUCUCUUCUUCCAGCCCCUUAUCAACUUGCAGUCUUCCAGUUGCUCCACCCCCUUCACCAGCAUCAGUUUGUGGCCGUCAAUACGCUGCUGCAGCAGAAUCUCCUUAUCCUCAGCUAUCUGUUCUACCAAAUCCUCCAUCCUUUCUGCCCCAAAUGUAUCCUGGAAGCCAGUUUCAGGGGCAAUACCCCAAUGGCAACGCCAACAGCAACAGUGUGUCUCGUGGGAUGCCUCCGGCUAUGGCAGCAAUGCCUAGUACGGCUCCAGGUAAUGUCCAGUAUCCUCAGCAAGGUAACUUUCAAAGAUCCAUCCGUCCUGUUCCGCCCCUGAAAUUCCGUCGUUAUCUUCGGCCUACAUGGAGAAUUGCCUAUGCUUUCCACCCCCAAGUACCUAUUGCUUCUGCUCCUGGGCCUUUUACUUCUGCCUGUUCCUCUUCUGUGCCAGCCCCUGUUUCUAAAGCACCUCCCAUGCCUAUCGCGCCUGUUUCUUCCCCUGUUAAGCCAAAGAAAAGCGAGUACAAAGGCCCACUCAUCGUUUCUUCAUAUCCAGUGAGACCUCCAAGUCAGAAUCAAUCAUCUCAGCAGCCGUUUCAACAUUCUGCUCAGCAAUCAGCUCAGCAACAUGUUCCACAACAUGUUCAUUACCCUGUUCAUCGUUCAGCUCAGCAUACAGCCCAGCAGCAUGGCCAACAUUCUGCUCAUUGGCUCGUUCAUCAGGCUGCUCAGCAGCAGAGACCAUCCCACUCCCAGGUUGUUAUGAACAAUCCGGGUCACGCAUAUGGUAUCUACAAUAAUAUGACCACAAACGGCCACAAUCCGAGGAACAAUAACAAUGUUGCUGUUGCUCACUAUCAUAAUCCUCAAUACCCACAAGCCCCAGUUCCAGGGCCAUACCAUAGUUCAUUCCCAGGAAAUGGACUCUCAAACGCCCAUGGCUUUCAUAACAUGAACAACAAUACCCCUACAGCCUUACCUCAGGCUGCUCGGCCUUCUCCAAUUGAAGAUCCGUUUGAGACUGGCACAGGUCCUCAACCAGUCCCAGCUGGUGCUGUAUUAAAGAUCAGCAACAUUCCCUACAACCUUUUGGCCCGCGAAGUUACGCAUUUUCUUGGUCGUCGAGCCAAGUUACUUCCAGAAAGCAGAGGCACUUCGAUCCAUGUUAUCAUGGAACGAUCCACUGCUAAGACUAUGGACUGCUAUGUCGAAUUACUUACACAAACUGAUGCAGAGGAGGCUCUCUCAUGGGUUAAUCGUAACUUGCCUGCUCACUCUCCACGUCUUGGUGACCGGCAUGUUCAUGUUGAAAUGUCUUCUCAAGACGCAUUGCUUCGUGAGAUAUUCCCCCGUGCAAAGUGUGUCCUUUGGAAGAAUGGAAUCCCAGAAAUCCAGCCAAACACAGAUAGGUACUCCACUGGUUUCCAAGGUUUUUUGACCAAUGAAGAGCUGUUUUGCAUGGUUCAUUUUGCUGAAGCACCGAAGAGAUUCCCCUGGGAUUCAAAGUCGCUCUACACUGUUGAGCACCGCAAUGUUUUGUUUGAUGCUACCAGACGCCAACUGCAAGCAUUGCUCCAGCAGGUUAAUGCUAGACGAGUCAUCCAACUAGAUGAGCGUCUGUUAAGGGAUCUCCUUAACGCAGGACUCCGAUGUUCGACGUUCAAUGAACGUCAGAAAUAUCUUCUCCGGGUGGCAGCCGGACAAGCACUGGGGCCCGUCCCCAGAACAGUGGUGUUCUGGCCCUUUGAUGCCCUUACGCGCAGGGCUAAUGCGCGAGAGGAGAGUGUGGAGGAGUAUGCCCGGUUAAUCCGGGCAGCAGUCCUACGCCGAGUCCCCAACCUUGGGGAGCUCAACAACUCGUGGGACGCCAUUCAACAUGGCAACUCGCCCUUCGGGCCACUCAUGUUGGAGUGGCGGGGCGAGGGAGCGCGGCGGAGCCUGCAAGCCGCCAUAAACACUGAGAUCGGGGUGAUGAAGGCCCUGGUCUCAGAGGGGCUUGCGGCUGUCAACACCGCCGCUUGA